AUGCACAGAACAUACUCUCUCCGUAACAGCAGAGCUCCUACUGCUGCCCAGCUCCAAAACCCCGCUCCUCCUCCAUCCACCACCAAGUCUGGUCGCUUCUUUGGCAAGGGCUCAAUUGCCCACUCUUUUAGACGCUCCACUGCUGGCUCUCUUGGUCCUGAGCUUGCUCGCAAGCUUGCUCAACUCGUUAAGAUGGAGAAGAAUGUGAUGCGUUCUAUUGAACUUGUUGCUCGUGAACGUCGUGAGGUUGCCAAGCAACUUUCUGCUUGGGGUGAAGAGAGUGACGAGGAUGUUUCCGAUGUCACUGAUCGUCUUGGUGUUCUUAUUUAUGAAAUUGGUGAACUCGAAGACCAAUUUAUUGACAAGUAUGACCAAUACCGUAUCACUUUGAAGGCCAUUCGCAACAUUGAAGCUUCUGUCCAGCCUUCUCGUGAACGGAAACAAAAGAUUACCGACCAGAUUGCUCAUCUUAAGUACAAGGACCCCAAUAGCCCUAAGAUUGUUGUUCUUGAACAAGAACUGGUGCGUGCUGAAGCUGAGUCUCUUGUUGCCGAGGCCCAACUCUCCAACAUUACCCGCGAAAAACUUAAGGCUGCUUUUAACUACCAGUUUGAUGCUAUCCGUGAGCACUCUGAGAAGCUGGCGCUUAUUGCUGGCUAUGGUAAGGCUCUGCUUGAGCUGCUUGAUGAUACUCCUGUGACUCCUGGUGAGUCACGUCUGGGUUAUGAUGGCUACGAGGCUUCUAAGCAGAUUAUUAUUGACUGUGAGAAUGCUCUUGCUUCUUGGACUCUGGACCAGGCCACUGUCAAGCCUACUCUGUCAAUUAGACGUGCUGAACCUGAGGAGGCUUACUCUUUGGAGGGCCAUGAAGGUCAACAAGAGUUUGAAGAAGAAGAAGAGGAGGAAGAAGAAGAGCCUGAAGUUGAGGAGCCUACAGUUGAGAAGGAGGCUGUUGCUACUGCUUAA